AUGGCUAACAUAUCUUCGCAGAGAUUUUGCUUAAGGUGGAAUAAUCACCAAUCUAAUUUAUUAUCAGUUUUUGACCAACUGCUUCAAGAUGAAUCAUUUGUUGAUGUUACAUUAGCAGUUGAUGGCCAGUUUUUAAGAGCACACAAAAUGGUUCUCAGUGCAUGUUCUCCAUAUUUUCAGUCACUUUUUACCGAUCAUCCAGAUAAACAUCCCAUUGUUAUUUUGAAAGAUGUUCCUUAUACAGACAUGCGUUGUCUCUUAGAUUUCAUGUAUAGAGGAGAAGUAUCUGUUGAUCAGGAUCGGCUAACUGCAUUUUUAAAGUUGCAGAAAGUUUACGGAUUAAAGCAAUUGUAUCAUGAUAAAAUUGUAGCUUAUAGUCAUAGCGGUUUAACAGAAGUAAAUGAAGAAAAAUGCGACCUUCCAUCGAUAACAAAUUCCCUAUUAGGUAGUCAAAACCUUCAUAGUCAUGUACCACCUCCCCAACUUCAUAGGAUAUACCAACCUCCAUCACUAAAACGAGCCCAAGUACACAAUAAUAAUUUCCCUUCUCUGAACUCGGCUCCCCUUUUGGGAUCGGCAUUAACGGCUCCUAAAAGAAAACGCGGUCGCCCUAGGAAACUCUCGGGUUCAUCAGACUUUGCUCCGGGUUCUCCCAAUUCGGACACGGAUGCCUCCGAUGCAAAAACAUCGGAAAGCAUAUUACCUGAAUUAUUGGAAGUGAAAAUGGAGUAUUCGGACAAGGAUAGAAAUCGGGAAUCAUCUUGCGAAAACGAAAGAUAUAGUAACGGAGAGGAGAGAAGAGAGAGACUUAACAAUGAAAAUGAACAUUUGGCUGGUACAUCGCAUGUCGAACGGGGUAAUGGCCACGAUAGCGAAUCAUUUGCAUUGGAAGACGGUUACUCAAAGCUUAGUUAUUUGAUUUGUUUGAAUGCUUUAAUUUUAAAUGCUCUUUUGCGACCGAAAAUAAAAAGGAGAAGUUCAGAGGAAAGCACGGGAGGGAAUUUGGUUAUAGAUUUUAACAACAUGGCGACAAAGUCGGAGGGAAACGUGUAUUCGAGUAAUACAAACACGUCCGGGAGUCCGAACACGUCGAAUGAAAACGCGUCCGUCGUAUCUGCUUCCACGACGCCGCAAACGGUACCCAAACCGGUGGUUAGAAGGCGCGUAAGACGAAGAGCAAAUUCAUCGAGUCAGGAUCCGGCUGAACAAUUGACGGAAAUGAGCGUUCGCGGUAAGCAAAAAAUUUAUGAAUGUUUAAAAAAGCAAAAAGCAGAAGACAAAGCGAUUAUAGCGAGACUAAUUUCGUCUGAAAUGUUGUCGUCAGGUUUAAAUCUGUUUCGUUACGCAUCCGUUCAAGAAGGUUUAUACAAGUGCACGGAAUGUGAAAAAUCCGACGUUCUCAAAACGUUCAAAAACAAAUACAGUUUUCAACGUCACGCUUUUCUCUAUCACGAGGGUCAUCAGCGUAAAGUUUUCCCAUGUCCCGUUUGUCAAAAGGAAUUUUCCCGACCGGAUAAAAUGAAAAAUCACAUGAAAACCGUACACGAAUGCUUCGUUCCGAAAGACGUUUUUCCACCGAGUCCCGUAACGGGUGGAUAUUUUUUAACCCCCCCGCAACUACAACAGCAACAACAACAACAACAUUUACAACUUAAACCUCCUCAAGUUACAAAUUCUUCGUCACGUUCGACAAAUCCUUUGUCUUCUCCAAUGCCACCACAACCGUAG